AUGGAAACGAUGAUGAAAAUAAAAACGGCGCUAAAGUUGGCGCCGUCUACCUGCGACGAGGAUUACAACCGCCGCAAACGUGAAAUGAAAGAGUUGUCCUCGGCUAUUCGUAGCUACAGCACUGCCAUGGAGAAAGCAAAAGUGUCUGUUAGGCGCCUCGUAGAAGCGCUCACCGAAGCAAGCAAGGCAUUUGAAUCGCUGUGCAACUACCCAAGCAUCCCGGAUUCCACGAAGGAUUGCGCGCUGGCUCUGGCGGCCUCUAUGAAUCGUAUCGAAGAUACGGCCUUUCCAGAGUUUAACGUCGCAAUGGACUCGACUGUCCUCACCGCUACAAAUGGGCUGAAGGCUUUGUACGACGAGUGCGAGAGGCUGGAGGGCAAGCGCAACAAGAUUAUGCACGAGUAUGAUGCAUACCGCGAGGAGGUCGCAAAAAAAGAGAUAGAAUACCUUCGAAAGUCAAAGAGCUUGUUGAAGUCGAAAUACUAUAGCACCGAGGUUGCGAGACGGAACGAGCUGGAGGCGGCCUUCGAGUCUGCGGAUCAGAAAUUUAAAGACAUCCACAACCAACUCACGCAAAGCCGUUUGGUCACAUGUACAGACGCUCUCAACGCAUUCUUGAGCUGCAUGUCGCGUAUCAUGGAGGAUAUCUCCGGAGAAUUCGAAGGGCUGAAAGGCUCUUCGGAGUAUGUGGAGCCAGUAGUGCACAAUAUAAUGUGUGAAGGGUACGAAAGCGACUGA